AUGUCGACGGAUGGGCACUCGGAUGGAUGGACAAAGGCAAUAAAGCAUGCUCGGUCGUCAUUCCACCAGGAUCCCGAGCUGCAUGCACCACAAGGUGCCAACUCCCUCUCCGCCAUCUCGCAUCCCCCUGGGCCCUACCGUCCACCUCGCCCAUCGAAGAGGGUGCGAAAAGAGGUGGACGCGCUCCAUGUCUUCAUGACAUGGCGCAUGGGCGUCAUGCUCAGUGUAGCAUGGCGCCUAGUUCCUCCGAUUUCCCCACCGCCGUCUCAUGCCCUCUCGGGCCCCACCGUCUGCCUCGCUCAUCCAAGAGGGUACGAAGGGAGGAGGAUGCGUGUCACAUCAUUACGACGUGGCACGCGGGUGUCAUGCUUACUCGAGCAUGGCGCCUGGUUUCCCCAAUUCCCCUGCCACUGUCUCGCGUCCCCGUGGGCCCCACCGUCCACCUCGCCCAUGCAAGAGGGUACGAAGGAGGAUGCAUGCCACGUCAUCAUGACAUGGCACGCGGGCGUCGUGCUUACCCGAGCACGGCGCCUAGUUUCCCCAACUCCGUCUCCACCAUCUCGCGUCCCCCUGGGCCCCACCGUCCACCUCACCCAUCCAAGAGGGCAUGAAAAGAGGAGGACACGCUCCACGUCUUCAUGA